AUUAUAUGUGUUGAUUUAUCGGGCUUCAGACUCAGAGCUCAGAGCUGCUGCUUCCUUUCCUCUACAGCUGUGUGUGUGCUGCAGUGCUGCCCGCAGACCAGCACAGUGAUGGACUCAGAGACAAUACUGAAUAUGGAGUUUUACACACCCUGAUCUGACUGACGAGUGCUUCAUCACGCGGACGCAGAACGUGAAUCAGAGGAAUGAGGAUGAAGGACUGAUCUGCGCCCGCUGAGCCUCACACACACAAGAAUGCGCAUUAAAUACACCAUUUCUGUCAUCUUUAUUGUGGCUUUGGUCAUCAUAGAAAAGGAAAACAACAUUAUUUCCAAGGUGUCUGAUAAGCUGACCCCGAGGCUGACCCCGCUGACCCCAAGGCUGACCCCGGUGACCCCGCUGACCCCUCUGCCAUCCACCAAUGACUCGGAGCGACUGCAGAGCUCCACCGGCUCGCUCCUGGACAGUACGGCCGGGCAGAGGCAUGUGCUCCUGCUGGCCGGCACCCGCACCGGCUCCUCCUUUGUGGGCGAGUUCUUCAACCAGCUGGGCCCCGAGGUGUUCUACCUGUUUGAGCCGCUGUGGCAUGUGGAGCGCAUGCUGACGGUGGAGAGCGGUGGCACUAACGCGAGCGUGGCAGCGCCGGCUUACCGAGACGUCCUGCGGCAGCUGCUGUUGUGCAACUUCUCUCUGCUGGAGGACUUCAUGGAGCCGCGGCCGCAGGAGCACGUCACCGCUGCACUGUUCCGCCGUGAGUCAAGCCGUGCGCUGUGUGAAGAGCCCGUCUGCACACUGCCGGCCCGGAGAGAGUUUGAGCGUUAUCGCUGCCGGGUGCGCCGCUGUGGCCCGCUCAACCUGACGCUGGCCGGACAGUCCUGUCUGCAGAGGCGGCACCGCGUCAUCAAGACGGUGCGGGUGCGGCAGCUGGAGACGCUGCGCCCGCUGGCCGAGGACCCGCGGCUGCACAUGCGCUUCAUCCAGCUGGUGCGGGACCCACGUGCCUGCCUAACAGGUUGUCGUGUUUGCUGUGUUGUAGAGCGGGGCGUUGUUAGAUAUAAAACUCUACUGGGACACAGCACCCCUCCAAAAAUAAAUAAAUAAAUAAAAAAAUAAAACUAUUAAAACAGAAAUAUAUGAUUAUAAAUAAAUAACAGUACUGUUGUUAUUAUGCAAUGAUUAUUCCUAAUAAAUCACAGAAAUGGAUCCUAAAUG